AAGGAGAAGAAUUUUGAAGGAGGAAGAUGAAGCUUUGAUACCAUGUUAGAUUUGCAUGAGAGAAAGAAAAGAAUGAGGAGAAGAAGAGAGAGAGAGAGAGAGAGAGAGAAUGACUGUGUUUAUUAACAUACUCGAAUCAUAUUAGGGUUCUCCCUUACACAUAUUUAUAAUAAAAGACUAAAGGAACAAAGGAUAUAACUACCUUUAGACACUAAUACUUAGCCAUGAGUUAUGCCCUCGGCACCUUUUGCUGGUUGACUCUUUAUGUUUCUAUCCAUUCAUUCUGUAGACUUUGGAUCUCAUUAUGUAUGAUUUUUUGCAAUUGCCAAGGAAUCUUUGUGUAUGCUUAUCCAUGAAGUACUUCAUAUGAGAUAUUGUGGUAGUUUGGUUUCAUUUUUGACUCCUUCGGUUAGAAUCCUCUUCUUUUGGCCACCAAACCAAUGCACACUUGCACAAAGAACUCAAUUUCCUUCUCAGUUGCUUGUGGAGUUUUUCUUGUCUCUAGUCACUAUUAGGUUUUAUUCCAGGUAACCGUAUUGUUAUAUUUCGGUUUAUGUAUCCAACCACUUCUCUAGUUUGGGUUGUGAUGAACUCAGGUUUUUUCAAUUAAGCAAGUCCAAUGCUAUUGGAAUUUGAGCAAAUUAUGCAUGUAAUAUGCCUUACAUGGGCAAUGAUAUUAUAUAAUCAUUUCCAGGGAGGAAGAACUUGUGGAUCGUGCCAAAGCACUUAAAGUAAAUGUGGGAACAGAACCUGGUGCAGACCUUGGACCAGUUAUUACUAAAGAGGCAAAGGAUCAAAUAUGCAGAUUAGUUGAGAGUGGAGUCAAAAGUGGUGCUAGACUAAUUCUUGAUGGAAGAGACAUUGUGAACUUUUUGUGUAGGUUCCGCAGUAUGAGCAUGGAAACUUUGUGGGUCCGACCAUCCUAUGUGAUGUUACAACCAGCAUGGAGUGCUACAAGGAAGAAAUUUUUGGACCAGUUCUCCUUUGUAUGCAGUCUGACAGCUUAGAAGAUGCCAUAACUAUUGUCAAUAGAAACAAGUAUGGAAAUGGUGCUUCUAUAUUCACCACAUCUGGUAUUGCUGCAAGGAAUUUCCAGAAUGAAAUUGAGGCUGGGCUGGUGGGGAUAAAUGUUCCUGUUCCAAUUCCAUUGCCAUUUUCUUGUUUUAAUGGAUCUGAGACGUCUUGCGCUGGUGAUCUCAAUUUCUGCGGGAAGGCUGGUGUGCAAUUCUACACACAAAUAAAAACAGUUGCACAAAAAUGGAAGGAUUUACCAAGUAGAAGAGUUUCAUUACAUCCACCUUCAACAUCAGAAACUGAAAUUACUAGUCGACGAGUGUCUCUAUUGCAACCUCCAAAUUCUGAGAGUGAUUUACCUUACCGAGAAAUGUCGCCAGCAAUGCCUUCAGCAUGGGAGAGGGAUUUACCAAGCCAUAAAGGAUCACUGUCCCUAACUCCAACAUCUGAAAGGGAUAUACCAAAUCCGGUAGUAUCACUGACCAGCCCAGCUACCUCUGAGAGGGAUUCAACAAACCAAGAAAUGCCGCUACAUUUGCCUCUAGCAACGGAAAGACAAUUGCCGGGCCCAGAAGUGUCAGUAUCCAUGCCUCGAACGUCUGAGAGGGUGUAUAUGCCCACAUCUAACAUAAAUGACAUUAUGGUUUCAGUGUCUCACAGGAAUGACAGUGCUGGUCCUAUAUCUAGGACGGACCCUAAUAUGUAUCCGACUGUGGAGAGGGUAUACAUGCCUACAAUAUCUCAUAGGAAUGAAAACGUUGGUCCAUCUCUUAGGACAGAUACUACUAUUCAUCGGAAUUCUGAGAGGGUGUACAUGCCUACAUCUCACAGGAGUGACAGCAUGGGUCUAAUGUCUUUGAGGAAUGACACAAUGAUGCAUCCAACUUCUGAGAGAAUGUUUAUGAACACAAGCAUGAUUUCUUCUCAAAGGAGUGAUGCUAUUAUGCCUUUGAGUUCGGAGAAGGUGUAUAUGCCGGCGUCAGCAAUCCAGACAAAUGAUGAUGGUAUGCCAUCAACAUCUGACAGUUUAUUCGUUCCUGCAAAACAUCAGAGGAUCUAUACUUCACACCAACUGUUAUCAGUGGAUGAAUACCCUGACCAAGGAGUGUCACUGACUAUGCCGACGUCUCAGAGGAUAUAGUAUUCGACCUUCAUGCCAUGAUUUAUUUUUUUUUAUUUUUUUGUUCAAGGAAAUUGGCAGUAGACCAUAAAAUGCAGAAAAAGGUUUUACAGGAUCCUUUCAUAAAUGUGAAUUUUGUAAUCUUUUUCCUUAAUUCCUUAUGCCCGCUUCAUUUCAUCACUGAAAAUUGGCAUUGCCACAAGAUGCUUUUUAAUUUGCAUUUCUUGUUGGAACA